UAUAUUGCCUGUAAAAACAUUGCGCUUCAUUUUUACAGAUGGUUGUCACAUUGAAAUCCACCCACCUAAGGAAGAUGCUACAGACUAUUUCAAUUACAAGGGAUGGUAUUCAACCGUGCUGUUAGCAUUAGUGGACGCCAGAUGUCGUUUUAUUUACGUGAGCUCCGGUAACCCAGGACGUCGCAACGAUUCGCGAAUUUUCCAAUCCUCUUUUUUAAACCAAUACUUGAAUCAAUGUAAUCUUCUGAGCGACUUAAAGAAAAAUAUUUCAGGUGUGGAUGCGCCAGUUUUUAUUAUUGGUGACUCCGCAUUUCGUUUAAGUGACAAACUUAUGAAGCCAUAUCCUUUCUACGUUUCGCAAAGCCGCCAACAAAAGCACUUCAACUAUGCACUAUUCAAGUCCCGUAGAGUAGUGGAAAAUGCAUUUGGGCACCUCAAAGCACGCUCCAGGCGCAUUGGAAAUGGCAUUGACAAUUCAUUUAAAAAUGCUAGCGCUAUAAUUUGGUCGUGUUGCGUUCUUCACAAUUUCCUAAAUGAAAAUAAUGACGCGAUAAAUGAAAAUUGGAUGCAAGCUUUACAAACUGCAGAAGCAAACCGCACAUACCCUCAGCACAUUGCGUCACUAACGGAGCUAAGCAAUAACCCAGAAGGAAUAAGGAACGCAAUUGCUACUUUUUUGUCGGACGACGGCGGUGCCGGUGAUGACAAUUCUUCUGUAAUUCCUGGAGUAGCGACGAACGAUUGUGGUGUCAUUGGUGAUGCCGUAGGCAUAGACGGUGAUGGCAGCGGUGAAGUGACAGGUGUAUACGGUGACGGCAGCGGUGAAGCUAUAGACAUUGACGGUGAUGGCAGCGAUGAAGUCGUGAUUGAUGAUGGUUGCGAUACAAUGUUCGAAUUCAUGUCUUUAAAAAAAAAAUAUUUGUAUUAUUCAGAAUUUUAUUGAAGAACGCCCUUUCUUAGAA